GCUAAUAAUUCAAGUGCAUGCUCGAUUUAUUUUAAAGCUAUGGUAUGAGAUACGCAACACAGAACACCUUCUGAUAUUGGUUUCUAGUACAAAGGUUACGUAUGUUUUACAGUCUUUCUUUGUUUAAAGUCCUUGUGAAGUGACGCCGCGUGGAAUUAUGAAGCUUUCUUUCUUUUCUGCAUUUAACACAAUAUGCAAGUUUUUCUUGUUCAAGUGUUUUAAUCACUUCAGUAUCAUUGACAUUUUGUUGUUGUAUUUUCUGCAGAAACACUGAGAAUAUCCAGCCCUGUUCCUGUUAAACAUUUAUUUUUGUUACACAAUAGAUAAGAAAUAAUGUUUUAAGGCAUAGGAUAUUAAGUACAUUUGAGUAACUUACACAUCAUUUGAAGAUAUUUGUCCUUUUCUUUCUCUCUACAGUCAGCGAUUCAAAAGUUGAGACCAAAUGAUCUCUAUUACCUUUCAUUACCUUUAAUAAAGUAACGUAUGAGGGGCCCUAAAGGCUAUAAUUACUUAUGUACACCAGUAAGAAGAAACCUCACAUGCAUAACUGAAAAAAACCCUCUUACAAACACAAGUGAAAUGAAAAGAACUGUACUCAAAUGUAUUUAUUCACAAAACUGAAACCCGUCUUAAAAACAUUCACCAAUCUUAGUCAAAUUCAUCUGUUCACGCCGCCAGUGAUUGUGUGUGUGUGUGUGUGUGUGUGUGUGUGUGUGUGUGUGUGUGUGUGUCUAAGCGCUAGACGGCAAAGAAACAGGAAGAACAAGAUCCUUAUUAUCUGUGACUUUGCUCUGGAGAAGCCACGCUGUUGUGUUUUGUUUUUCAGUUGCUUGUACUCUACAGCAUCGCUACCGUUUUUCUCAGCUGGCGACCGAUCUCUGCUGCAGUUUGCGUACAUGUUCAUUUUCCAUUACGUGCAGUUAAUUCCCAACACUGUCAGUGUUACAGUCUUUUUUUUUUCUCUCAGAAAUGCUCGACUUUGAAAUCACUGACCAAAUGUGUCAUUUCAGGCCAUUCUUUAAGUGGAAAAAGUUCUUUUGCUACUUCUCCCAAACAUUAUCUAAUUUUAUCCAAAACCGAAUCGGAUGAUCUUUAGACCAAGGCGCACAGAAAUGAACAAACUGAUUCUUUAUAUUUGCUGUACUUCAAAAUACAGAUCUAAAAUAGGCCAUACUAAUUGCGUAACGUGCUAAUCAGUUGCCAUUCUCUCUAAUGUGGCUCUUCAGCUACUGUAAGCUACGUUAGCAUUUAGCUAGCUCUAAGUCCUGCUUUCGUGUGCUCGUCCUCCAAGCAGGUUGUUGAAUGAGCUGAGCCGUUGAUCCCGAACCGUUCAGGUUGUGGGCAGGCUGCACGAUGAAUUGAAAUGUAAUCAAAAUCACGAUUAGACAGAAGCUGUGAUUGUGUCUCUGUCAGUUCUGUCAUCAGUAGUAAAACUCUAUCUACUGCUGCAGCUGAAUAAACAGAAGAUUUCAAUGCUUUCACUGAUUCAACACGAUUGAUACGACUAGAGUAAUAUUCGGUUUAUCUGAGCUCUAAUGAUUCGAAUUUUCAUUAUAGUAAAGCAUAUAUAUAAUGCAAUGCUAAUCGCCAGAUCAUCUCACAAAGGAUUUAUUUCAAACACUUGACUGUUAUGAAGUGAGUUUGGAGUAAAAAUAGGUCGUUAAAUGUAAUAUUUUCACAUGCUUUGAGAAAAAGCAGCUUUAUUACACAGAGCCAUAGCUCAAUGACAAGCUUUGCCAAGAUUAUCGUUAUCGUGAAUAUAUAUUUUUUUAUUUGAUAAUCGUACGAUUAAAGUGUCUGUACGCUUUCUUUCUUUUUUUCAGUAGCUUGUCAGAGAACUACGUCUCGGUAGUAAAUGUUGGUGAUGGAGAACACUACUCCUACUAAUCACAGAAUGGCUUUACUGGUGAGAUCUGCAUGACAAGGAUUCAUCGUGCAGACCUAGUCGUGGGAUCAAAUCCCAUGUGGCACAUGUCCAGACCGCAAGAGGUGUUGUGGCCAGAAGCAAUGCAUCUUAAGUGAAUCGUUGAAGGACGAUGGCAUGUGUUAAAGAGCUGCUCGUAAACCCACUGAAGGAUCUGGUUAAGGAUGAUCUAAAAGAGUUUCGGUGGCACUUGAAGAAUUAUGAGGGUGUUUCAGCUUCUGAGAUGGAGAAUGCAGAUGUCUUAGACACAGUAGAUAAAAUGAUGGCACUUUUUGGAGAAAAAGAAGCUGUUGAGAUCACAAUUAACAUCCUGAAGAAGAUGAACCAGAAUCUUCUGGUUGAAGAGAUAGAGAACCAAUACAUCAGAGUCUCAACUCCUAAAGUUGCUGAUACAGCUGAUUACAGAGAGAUCAGUCUCAGGCUGAAGAACAGAUUACAAGAAGACUAUAAUCGGAUAUUGAUUGGUAAUUCACAAACGGGUCAUCAGAAAUAUCUGAACGAUAUUUACACUGAUCUAUACGUGGUGGAGAACGAGACUGGAGGAAUAGUGAAUGACCACGAGGUGAGACGCAUUCAACUGAACAUCCACCACGUUACUGUGAAGAACACCACAAUCUUGUGCAAUGAUCUGUUCAAAGUUCAGCAUGAUGAUGGUCGACAAAACAAAAAAGUGUUAACAAUGGGGAUUGCUGGGGUGGGAAAAACUGUCUCUGUCAAUAAGUUCAUUCUUGACUGGGCUGAAGAAAAGGAAAAUCAGGACAUUCUCUUCAUAUUUCCACUCCCAUUCCGUAGACUGAAUAUGAUUACAAAGGACUGCAGUCUCAUGGAACUGCUUCACGAAUGCUUCUUUAGUGAUCCUCAAGAGCUACCCUUACUUCCUAAGGAUGACUGUAAGGUCAUGUUCAUUUUCGAUGGGCUGGAUGAAUGUCGCUUCCCUUUGAGAUUUCAUGAUUGUGAUAGAUUAAUGGAUGUGCAUGAAAAAACAACUGUGAGUCAGAUAGUAACAAACCUGAUCAAAAGGAAUCUGGUUUCGUCUGCUCUCAUCUGGAUCACAUCCAGACCAGCAGCAGCCGGUCUGAUACCCAGAGACCACAUUGAUCAGGUGACAGAAGUGCGAGGAUUCAACGAUGAGCAAAAAGAGCAAUAUUUCAUCAAAAACAGCAGUCUUGAGCUUGCCGGAAACAUCAUGCGUCACAUCAGAAAAUCAAGGAGUCUGUACAUCAUGUGCCACAUCCCUCUUUUCUGCUGGAUCUCUCUCACUGUUCUUCAGCCUCUGCUGGCUCGAGAGAGCAAUGACAAAACUCCUACAACUCUCACAGAGAUGUACACAGCCUUCUUGCUUUCUCAGAAGCAACAGAUGGAAAAAAAAUACAGUGAUAAUCCUGAACUUAGGUUAGAAGCCAGAUGCUUUGAUAAGAUUGUCCUGAAGCUUGGGAAACUGGCCUUUAAACAGCUGGAGAAAGGAAAUCUGAUUUUCUACAAAGAAGAUCUUGAGGAGUGUGGACUAGAUGUCAGUGAAGGGUCGGUGUACUCUGGAUUAUGCACUCAGAUCUUUCAGGAGGAAAAGGCUGUUUCAGCCAAAAACAUUUACAGCUUUGUACAUCUCAGUGUCCAGGAGUUCCUUGCUGCUCUCUAUGUGUUUUUGAUUUACAAAGAUGAGAAAUCAAACCUAUUUUUUCACACAUGGAAAAAGACAAUAUCAUGGAAACUUUCUAACAGGCCACUGUUUCAUCUUCUGAAGUCUGCAGUCAACAAGGCAUUACAAAGUGAGAAUGGACACCUGGACCUUUUCCUCCGGUUUCUCUUGGGUCUCUCAUUGGAGUCCAAUCAGAAUGACUUGAAGGAACUGCUGCCAGAAGUGGAACUGAAAACUAUGAAUAUUAAAAACACCGUUGACUAUAUAAAACAGACAAUAGAGAAGGAGAAAUCAGCGGAGAGGACAAUCAAUCUGUUCUUCUGCCUAAGUGAACUGAAAUAUGACUUUGUAAGUGAUAUCCAGAAGAACCUGAGCUCUGGAAAUCUUUCAGCACAGAAUCUGUCCUCUGCUCAGUGGUCAGCUCUGGUGUAUGUGCUGCUGAUGUCAGAAAGCACUCAAGAUAAGUUGGAACUGCAAAAAUACAGAAGAUCUGAAGAAGCACUGAUGAGAAUGUUGCCAGUGAUCAAAAACACAAGAAGGGCACUGCUACAGUCCUGUAAUCUCACUGUUGAGUGUUGUGGGAGUUUGUCGUUGGUGUUACAGUCCUCUAUCCUGAGGGAGCUGGAUCUGAGUAACAAUGACCUGCAGGAUUCAGGAGUGAAGCUGCUCUCCGAUGGACUGAAGAGUCCAAACUGUCAGCUGCAGAUACUGAGGUUGUCAGGCUGUAUGGUGACAGAGGAAGGCUGUGGUUAUUUGUCUUCAGCUCUGAGUUCAAACCCCUCACACCUGAGAGAGCUGGAUCUGAGCUACAAUCACCCAGGAGAUUCAGGAGUGCAGCUGCUCAAACACAAACUGGAGGAUCCAGACUAUACACUGCAGAUACUAAAUGUGGAUCAUGGAGGAGCGAUCAGAAUGUCAGCAGGACCAAGAAAAUGGGCCUGUGAUCUCACACUGGAUCCAAACACAGCACACACUCGACUCAUUCUGUCGGAUGAGAACAGGACCGUCACACUUGUGUAUGUUUACCAGCCGUAUCCUGAUCACCCAGAGAGAUUCGAGCUGUGCGAUCAGGUUCUGUGUGGAGAGAGUCUGACUGGACGCCAUUACUGGGAGGCUGAAUGGAGCGGGAGGUUUGCUAUUAUAGCAGUGUCCUAUAAAGGCAUCAGCAGGAAAGAACGGAAAGGUUGUUGGUUUGGAUACAAUGAUAAAUCCUGGAGUCUGUGGUACUUUGAUAACAGAUUCACUGUCCGUCACAAUAAUAAGAAAACUAGCACAGUCCCUUCAUCCUCUAAUAGAGUAGGAGUUUAUCUGGACUGGUCGGCCGGCUCUCUGUCCUUCUACAGCGUCUCUGACACACACACACUCACACACUUACACACAUUCAACACCACAUUCACCGAACCCCUCUACGCUGGGUUCGGGGUUCAUUAUGAUUCUUCACUGUCUCUGUGUCAGGUUUGAGUACACACAAGCACUUUUUACAUUAGCUGGCACUGAUGAGGUUUAUUUAAGGUGCUGGCACUGAUAGGCUCGUCGGUAGGCCUUCACCGGACGGGUUUUGCAGUAGUCUGCCGUUAGCUUGAACACUGUUUGGUGACCUUUUGGGUGUUUUGGGAGUUGAAGAGAGACACCUUUUUCUGGUGCUCUGCUUCUUCCUGGGAUGUGUCUGUAUUUAUGUGAGGUUGUGACAGACAUAGAGACCUUUGGGAGGAGCUUCAGAGCUUUCUUCAGUUCAGAGCAGGAACCAGAUAUAUAUAACAAACGCAAAUAAAGAAAUAAAACGCCUUGUGAAUUUAAUAGAUGAUAUGUAUCAGAUGUGUAACAGAAUCUAGUAUUUCAUUUAUUGCAAACACAUUGCAGGUAUUUUAACAUACUGUAAAAAGAGCAUAUUGUUAUUGUCCACAUCUUCAUAAUAAAAAUCUAAAUGCAAUCA